AUGAACGCUACUAGUCUGUACGUGUCCACAUGUCGGCUGAUUAUAUUGGCUGACGCGGCAGACAAAUCUUCAUGGACAGAUUUGUUUCGUUUGGUUCCUUACCUGCGGCAGUCCUUAUCCUGCACAGUUUGCGGUAAUUUAUUGAAGGAACCGUACACUCCAACGAACUCUAGUUGCCAGCAUCACGUUUGUAAAAAAUGCAAAGGCGGGAGGAAGAAAUUGAAACCUUCUUGUAGUUGGUGCAAGGACUACGAAAAUUACGCGGAGAAUUUGCAGUUACGUAUUCUUCUUCAGUGUUACAAGAAGUUAUGUGAAUAUUUCAUUGAUACUGAUGUGUAUAAGACGUUAUUAGAGCAAGACGAGAUAGCCGCUGGUGUAAACGGCGGAACAGUUGCGAGUUCAGGUCUAAUUGACCUGAUACAAGAAGGAGCUGGAUUCAACGACGACUACAAAAGUACGGCGGGGUUAUCAAAGUCGGCCUACAGCAUAUUACCAUGUGUAUACACAAAUUCUGCAUCAACACAGACACAAGCAGCGUCAACUUCCAGUGGAACAGAAACAAGGUCCUCUAGUAAGGACUCACCAAACUCUAGAUCAGUUUCUAAUGGUUCCCCAAUGUAUUCUGUGAUGUAUGCAGGUUCAGGUAAUAAAAUAACCAUUAAAAGGAAAGCAGUUGAUGAAACUGAGUCAUCCCAAAGUGACCCUCCUCCUCGGGAGAGCAAAUCAAAGAAUCAGUUGGGGUUCAAAAAGCCAUCAAACCGGUCCCGUAGCUCAGCCAGUAGUAAAAGAAAAGGUUGUCGGUGUGGCAAUGCCACUGCCACUCCUGGCAAGCUAACCUGCUGUGGACAGAGGUGUCCAUGUUAUGUUGAUCAGAAGCCUUGUACUGAAUGUAAAUGUAAGGGCUGUAGAAACCCACAUAGACCUGAUGGAAUGAAGGUGAGACCGCAUAUACCUCAACUGGAGACAGUGCAGUUAACGCUCAACAAUCCUGAUAGCUCACCGUCUUGCUCAGGGUCCAUGGAUAGUUUGGAUGCUGACCAGUUUACUAUGGAAGCUAUGGAGGAAACUUUAGGCUUUAGCUCUGAACUUAAGUCUUCUAAUAUAAAAGUGUACACAAGCCAAUUACAAGAAGUGUCGCCUUCGUUACCUGCAUCAAUAAUGAUGGAUGAAGAGCUGACAGGGUCUCCUGAUGACCACAUGAGUUCGCCUCAUGAGUACACAUUGGGUUCCCCUCAGGAAGUGGACCCUGACGCUGCAUCUCCUCAGUCGGGUGGCACGCACGAAGUCACCAGCGACAUUGAGGUGGAUGUAUGACAUCCACUUGACAUAUCAAGUGACUAGGACAUCCUUACUGUUAUGUUUCUCACAUGCGUCUUCCGACAUGUGCAAGAAAAAACUAUUCUCUUUGAAGUGUCGCUCAUGAUGAUUCUUCUAGUCACUUGUAUUUCGAACUUUUAUAGAGUGUAAGUGUAUUUUUGAACUGUGAAGUGUAGAUAUAGUAUUACCAUUGAACAUUAAUGUAUUUUUUAUAUUUAAAUUAAUGUUUUAUUAUGAAAUCAAUACAAGUUGGGUCCAUAAAAAGUAAAGAAAUAAUACAAUGAAUAAUGUAAGUUCUUGUCAUUUUAAAUUUUACUACAAAGCUUGUUUGCUUAGGUGUUUAGUAUUGUAAAUUGUGUAAAUAUGUUAGGUAAUAAGCAACGGUCGGAAUAGGGUGUUCCAAAUGAGUAGACAAAUGUCUACAGAUACAUGGAGUGACAUGAAGUGGUUAAAACCACCAAAUAUUAAUUCAUUACAUUUUUCGAAUUCAUAAUGAAAUUCGUACGAUAUAUUAUGUAAUCUGUAAUAAAUUAUGUAAAUGAUGUCGCCAUUAGUUAAAGCAAGCUUUUGCUGAUAGCUCAUAAAAAUGUUUACUCUGGUGGAAGGUCAAUUAUCAAUUUUUUUUAUGUAGUACCACUAGAAUUACAUUGAAAUCCAACUUCAGCUUAUUAAGUCUGUGUCACCCUUUUAUCUAUAUGCAGACGUUUAUCUACUCAUUUGAAACACAACAUUCCGACCUUUGGUAAGAAGACAAGAAAUAUUGAAUGAAAUUUUUUUGUCAAUAUAAAUGUUUAGAUUUUAAGUAAAUGAUUACCACUACCUGCAGCUUACUUACUACUCUGUGACUUUUUAUUAUUCUCCUGCAAACCGACACCUACCAUACCUACAUUCGUAGUAAGAAAACUGUAACAAGUGAUAAUCAUUUAUUGAAUAGCCACAAGUCUUAAAAUGUAGGUUUUAAGAUUUUAUAUCUUAGCAUAUAUUUGGGGGUACGUUGCGGUUAAUUUUGAAAGAACAUUAAGGUUAACUUGUUAUGUGCUUUAUUUUUAUAUUUAGGGGAUUUUUAAGAUUUUUAUGUCAUACAUAACAGGUAAAUAGUGAAUUUUAUUUUAUUUAUUAUUUUUUUAAAUUAAAUUCAACGCUAAUAUCAUCCCAAUUUCAGUCGUUUAAAAGUCCCCAUAUAUAGUUAUUUUAUAAUAUAGUAAUCAGAUAAUUAAAUACAUAUACAAUCAAAGAUUACCAAAAGGUUGAAAGAGAAAUCGCUACUUUUUAAAAUUUUUGACCUUCUAGCGUGUGUAAGGUAUAGAUUUUUGUAUAUCAAGUGUAGCUGCUAUGCAGUAGGAUAAAUAUAUAUAUUUCAGACAUUUUUGUAAAUCAUUAUUUGUACUUACCUUUGUUAAAACACUCUCAAAUGUGAAUGUAGAGGUGAAAAAAGAAAUGUGACUAAAGAAUGUUUAAAUUGAGACUGCACCAUACUAA